AUGCAGAGCGUCGCUUUUACUCUCUCGCCCUCUCUAUCUCUUCCUCUCCGCAACACUUCUCUACAACACGCUUCUAGACCUUUCCUUUCUCUCAGACUUUUCGCCAAACACACAGAAGCUGUGAACUCCAAUGGCGCCUCUUCCUCUUCCUCUUCCACUUCCUUCCUUCGCCGAUCUUGGACGCUCUCCCCUUCCUCUUCCUUCAAGUUCCGCCCCCUCCCUCCCUCCCCUCCGCGCGCCGCUGAAAGCGCCGUUCCCGACAGCGCGCCCGCCGACAACUCGCUGUUCAAAACUCUAGAGCUCGGCGCCUUGUUUGGCCUCUGGUACCUCUUCAACAUCUACUUCAAUAUCUACAACAAACAGGUGUUGAAGGCUUUUCAUUAUCCGGUAACGGUGACUCUUGUUCAAUUUGCCGUUGGGACUGUGCUCGUGGCAUUUAUGUGGGGUUUGAAUCUCUACAAGAGGCCGAAGCUCAGUAGUGCUAUGCUUGGAGCGAUCUUGCCGCUAGCUGCGGUGCAUACAUUGGGAAAUCUUUUCACUAAUAUGAGUCUUGGGAAGGUGGCUGUGUCCUUCACUCACACGAUCAAGGCCAUGGAGCCAUUCUUUUCAGUGGUCCUUUCUGCCAUGUUUCUUGGAGAGUUUCCUACACCAUGGGUGGUUGGUUCCCUUGUGCCUAUUGUUGGUGGAGUUGCACUGGCAUCUGUUACUGAGGCCUCUUUCAAUUGGGCUGGAUUUUGGAGUGCAAUGGCAUCCAAUGUGACAAAUCAAUCCCGUAAUGUUCUUAGCAAAAAGGCCAUGGUUAACAAAGAGGAUUCUAUGGACAACAUUACUCUCUUCUCUAUAAUUACAGUAAUGUCCUUCUUCUUGCUAGCACCUGUGGCUGUCUUCAAGGAGGGUGUCAAAUUUACCCCUGCUUACUUGCAAUCUGCUGGGUUAAAUGUUAGACAACUUUACAUCAGAUCUCUUCUUGCUGCACUCUGUUUCCAUGCGUAUCAACAAGUGUCUUAUAUGAUAUUGCAAAGGGUAUCACCUGUUACCCACUCUGUGGGCAAUUGUGUGAAGCGGGUUGUGGUCAUUGUGAGCUCUGUCAUCUUUUUCCAAACACCUGUCUCACCCGUGAAUGCUUUUGGGACUGCUGUAGCUCUUGCUGGCGUGUUCCUCUAUUCGAGGGUGAAGCGAAUUAAGUCAAAGCCAAAAACAGCUUAA